AUGCCCCGCAGCAAAAGCAAAAGCAAAAAUAAACUCGCCCGUGAUGAGCUCGAGGACCGUUUCGAGGAAGAGGCCCCAUGGAUCACGGAUCGAAUGCCAUCAGUGUCCAGCUUCAAGUUCUUCACCGAUCGCACAACGCAGGAAAACGUAUACGUCAAGGUCGGAGAAGCCAAGGUCGACAAGACCAAGGUCGGAGAUACCAAAGUCGAACAUGAGUUGGUUCCUGUGUACGUGGGACUUGGUGACGUUACCGGCAGCAGGAUGAUUACCUUCAACGUUCGCAGCCUAUAUCCUGAAAGAAUCAUACAUGAGAGCAAGGAGCUUUCCCGUAUUAAAACCAUAUACAACGAGCCGUUCGAUCGAUUGUUGCCUUUGCAAUACGAAUACCCGAGCGCCAGUUACGCCAACUCCUUACAAUGGGUCACCGAACUCAGGGCCCUUACAAUGUUUGCUUUCGUAUGGUGCGGGCACCGUGCUGAGUUCUUCGACUUCAACAAGGGCGAGGGAUUUAGGGUUCUUGUCGAAGUGCUGAAGCGCCGACCCAAGGCAACCGGUGCCGCAGCCAAGAGAGAUGCUGGUCCCAGGGCACAGAAGAGCGCAGAAGCAGAGGGACCUGUGGCAAGUGUGGAAGUUGAUUUAGUCCCGGGUGUCAUCGCGGACGCGAACACAAACACGGACUUGGCGUUGCAUAUGGACAAAGACAAGGAGAUGGACACGGAGAGCGGUACGGGUGCGGAGGAUAAUGCAGGCAUGAUUAUUCCCAUGUCCGCAACGGUCAAUGUUCCGAGCAGUGGGCAAGAUGCCAGUACACUCGGGAAUCAUGCCUCCAAGAAGCGCAAACUGAUGAAUUUGUGA